GGGCUGUGCCAGGACAUGGUCUCCAAAAUGGCCAUGUAUCUAACUGGCGAGCUGACAGCCACCAGUGAAGACUAUAAACUCCUGGAAAAUAUGAACAAACUGACUAGCUUGAAGUAUCUAGAAAUGAAAGAUAUUGCAGUAAACAUAAGUAGAAACCUGAAGGACUUUAACCAGAAAUAUGCAGCACUUCAGCCUGAUUUGGAUCAGAUCACUUUAAUUGAGGAGCAAGUAGCUGCUUUUGAGCAGGCAGUCUACAAGUUGGACGCAUAUUCAAAGAAACUAGAAGCAAAGUACAAGAAGUUAGAAAGGCGAUGA